CUUACGUUAAACGUAAUCAGCUGGUUGUCAUUGUUGUUAAGCAUUAAUUUCUUUGGAUAAAUAAUUGUUUUCUUAAUAAAUAUCUUGAAAUUAAACAAAAAUGCGGCGUCGUGUGGGCCUGGGAGCCAUCCAGCAGCAGAAACUAGCUGCGGAGAAGUACAAGGACAAAGGAACCGACCUGCAGGAAAAUCAACUGGAGCAAAUGACCAAACAAAUGGAUGUUUUUCGGGUGAAACUGGAGGAAUUUGCGAUGAAACACAAGGAGGACAUCCGCAAGAACUCCCAGUUUCGCAAACAGUUCCAGGAGAUGUGCGCCGCCAUCGGAGUGGAUCCCCUGGCCACCGGCAAAGGAUUCUGGAGUGUCCUCGGCAUGGGCGACUUCUACUACGAACUGGGUGUCCAGGUGGUGGAGGUUUGCCUGGCUGCCAAUCACAAGACCGGUGGCCUCAUGGAACUGGACGAGCUGCGGCGACGACUCAUCGCCGCCAGGGGUCAGAGUUCAGUGCACCAGGAGAUCACCAAGGAGGACAUCCUUAUGGCAGCCAAGAAACUGAGCAUCUUUGGCAAUGGCUUUGUGGUGCACAAACUGGGCAAGGGAAAGUACAUAGUUCAGUCCAUUCCCGGAGAGCUGAGCAUGGAGGAGACCAACAUUCUGAACGCAGCCUCCAAUACCGAACAAGGCUGUGUAACGAAAGGCCAGCUGAUACAGGACUUGGGUUGGAGCGACUAUCGAGCCCAACACUCACUGGACAAGGUGCUCGGCGAGGGCCUCUGUUGGAUUGACAAACAGGCGGAGGAGGAGCCAUCCUACUGGUUCCCCAGCUUGUUUCCCGGCCGCAAUGCCCAGACUGCCGUCGCCUCUUAGUGUUCUCGUUCAACUAAUUUAAUCUGUACAAUGGUAAUCAUAAAAUAUAUAUCUUUGUACAACUGUAAAA